AUGGAAGUCCUAGUCGCAGGACUCAAGAAUGGAGUCAAUCUCGGAGCGGAUGCAACCAAGCUUGUGGGCGCAACAGCUUUGCAGGGCUCAACAACAGGAAACGCUAGCACUUUCCAUCUUACCGACCUGAACAAACAUGGCUUGAUUGAGCACGAUGGCAGCCUCAGCCGGAACGACAUCUUCUUCGGCGACAACCACAGCUUCAACAAGACCAUCUGGGCUCAGACUGCAUCCCACUUCACCAAGGCUACAAUUGAUCUUGGCACGGUGGCAAAGGCUCGCAAGGAUCGCCUCGCUGCCGCAAAGGCUGCCAAUCCUCAAUACGAAGGCGACGAACAAGCCAGCUUCAUUGAAUCUGCGCUGUAUCUCAACGUAAUGUCCAACGAGACGGGCGUCACGGCUGUUACCAAAUGGGUAAAGACUUUGUUCCAGGAGGAGCGGUUACCGAUUGAGCAGGGGUGGAAGAGACCAAAGGGUGAGAUUACCGUCGCAACGAUUCUGGGUCUUGUGGGAUUGCUUGGUGUAGCUUCUGCAUAG